AUGUCACGACUUGAUAACAUUGACGCACUGGAAAAGCAAUUAGCCGAGUUACAAAUGGCUAAAGAUUUAAAUGCCACUGGAAAAGUAAAAAAGAUACCACCAGCCGUGCCACCAAAAAAGAAGGCUCAACCGCAAGUUCCACACAGUGCUGUAGUUAGCACUAUAUGCGAGCCAUCAUAUUCGGCUAUGAUUAUGCCACCUGCAAGUAAUAAUUUGACGUACAGGAAUCCGCUUCCAGGCAAUAUACGGCCUCAUAUUCAUAAAGAUUAUGCCAAUGUUAAUCAAUUGAAUCUAUCAUCGUUUAACCAUUCGUAUAGACAAAACUUGCCCAUGCCACCUAAAACUUAUAAUGCAACAUACAGCAAUGUACCGCCGUAUAGAAGCAAUGAUAACUUGCCUCCGGUGCCACCACCACCACCACCACCGCCACCACCCUCGAUUUCAAUUUCAUCAUCGAAACCAUAUAACAUGCAUCAAAAUAACGAAGAAUAUUUGCCACCGCCAUCGCCUGUCAGUUCUAACUACAGUGAAUUAGUCAGAGCCACUACAAACUUGAACUAUAACCAAGAAAGGCCAAGUUAUCCGCCUAUCUAUCAGAAUGAGUUUCCUGAAUAUGGAGCAUCGCAAUCUUCAACUUAUGAAUCACUUUAUGAACCUAUUAAUCCACGCCCACACAGUAAUAUGUCAUCUCAGUCUAAUUCACUGCACAACUACCGCAAUAACUUGUCUAACACAAGCAAGUCACCACUUCAUAAAGAAGAAGAGGUUGAUGCACUUACUAAUAUGCUUGUGAAAUCUAUAACAGACAGUCAAGAUUUAGAUGUUUUUGGAACAUGUGUCAAAUGUGACGGGAAAGUAAUUGGUGAGAGUUCUGGAUGUACAGCAAUGGGAAACAUGUAUCAUGUGACAUGCUUCUGUUGCCAUCGAUGUAAUGUAAACUUACAAGGGAAGCCAUUCUAUGCUGUUGAAGGUCAGCCUUACUGUGAAACUGAUUACUAUGAAACCUUAGAAAAAUGUUCUGUCUGUGACAUGCCGAUUCUAGACAGAAUACUUCGAGCUACUGGUAAACCUUACCAUCCCAACUGUUUUACUUGUGUUGUAUGUGGGAAAAGUCUUGAUGGAAUACCAUUCACUGUUGAUGCAAUGAAUCAAAUUCACUGUAUUGAAGACUUCCAUAAGAAAUUUGCUCCACGUUGUUGUGUUUGCGAAUUGCCUAUUAUGCCAGAAGAAGGUGAAGAAGAGACUGUAAGAGUGGUGGCAUUGGAUCGCAGCUUUCAUGUGAGAUGUUACAGAUGUGAAGACUGUGGGUUACUACUGUCUUCAGAAUCAGAAGGCAGAGGAUGUUAUCCUCUGGAUGAUCAUAUCCUUUGCCGAAAUUGUAACGCGCAUCGUAUCCGUCUCCUUACGAAUGUUAUGACUACUGAUCUAUAA